AUGGAGCAACAACAGAAUGGUUUACCAGGUGGGUUGUUUUCAGGAGGGAUGGCAUCUACAGGAAUGCUACAGGGUCUAGAAUUUCCGCUCCACCCGCAACAACCAAACCCUCAAAACAAUCCCCAGCCAAACUUACAGCAGCAUAGCUCACACCACCACCACCACCACCACCACCAUCCUCAAAUUGUGGCUUCUGCUUUUACCGCUCCCCACCAACUCCAACCAGUCAAACAAAACAACCCAUACCCACCUCCUCAAUUCACCACCUCAAAGCCCAAAUCCCCGCUAACCGACGACGAGGAUGCAGGCGGAGAAGACCCUCUCUCUGGUGGGGAUCCCAAGCGAAAGAUGUCACCUUGGCACAGAAUGAAGUGGACUGACAGCAUGGUAAGGCUUCUAAUCAUGGCCGUGUACUAUAUAGGCGAUGAAGUUGGUUCAGAACCCAGCGAACCAGCCCCAACAACAUCGAAGAAGAAGGCAGGAGGAGCCCAAGGAGGGUUGUCUCAGAAGAAAGGGAAAUGGAAGUCUGUCUCAAGAGCCAUGAUGGAGAAGGGCUACUAUGUAUCGCCACAGCAAUGCGAGGACAAAUUCAACGACUUGAACAAGAGGUACAAAAGGGUCAAUGAUAUCCUCGGCAGAGGAACAGCUUGCAAGGUUGUGGAGAAUCAGUCUUUACUCGAGACAAUGGAUUUGUCUCCCAAGAUGAAAGAUGAAGUGAAGAAAUUGCUCAGCUCCAAGCACUUGUUCUUCAGGGAAAUGUGUGCUUACCACAACAGCUGUGGCCAUGGCAACGAGGUCGCUGCUCAUGCAGCUCCACCACCAAACCCUCAAUUGCAGCAGCAGCAGCAGAAGUGCGCCCAUUCUGAGAACAGUGGCCACGGGCCAGCACCCAAUUCCCAUGAAGAUGAUGACGAGGAUAGUGAUGAUGAUGAUGAUGACGACGACGACGAAUACAAUGAGGAAGAAGAAUUCGAGCAUAGCAGCCAUGGACAUGGUCAAGAAGAAGGAGAUGACGAGGUUCGUGAUCAAGAGCUGCGGCAUAAAAAGGCAAGAAGGAAGGGGGAGGAGAUGAUGAUGACAACCUCGGCUUCAAUGAGGGAAUUCGGUGGGGAAUUGGCAAGCGUGGUGCAGGACGGAGGGAGGAGUGCGUGGGAGAAGCUGCAGUGGACGAAGGCGAGGAUGGUGGAGCUGGAAGAGCAGAGAAUUGGGUAUCAGGCGCAGGCAUUAGAGAUAGAGAAGCAGAAGCUGAAGUGGGUUAAGUUUGCUGGGAAGAAAGAGAGGGAGAUGGAGAGGGUUAAAAUAGAGAACGAGAGGAAGAAGAUUGAGAAUGAGAGGAUGGUUUUGCUUAUAAGAAGGAAAGAGCUUGAAUUGCUUGAUGUUCAACACCAACAGCAACAUCAGCAGCAAGUUUGUUCGAGCAGGAGGAGCGAUCCCUCCUCGUUUGCUGGGUGA